GAUUCCCAGCAUCUCUCUCAGGUCUCUCAGGUCUCUCAGGUCAUUGGCAUCACACUCCUCUCUGAGUUCCGACAUCCCUAUAUAUAUAUAUAUAUCACAACCUUAUUAACCUUCUUGCUUCCAUGAAAUACCCAAAUUAGGGUUUAAUCAGAGACACUACUCUCAUCAUCAUCAAUCAAUCAAUCUAGGGUUUCAUUCUUUUCCAAUAACUUCAAUCACAGGUAUGUCAAAGAGAAAGUUCGGAUUCGAAGGCUUCGGCAUCAAUCGCCAAACAACCUACAACUUCGAACGCUCUCAACCUCCACAGCGACUCUACGUCCCUCCUUCAUCCCGCUCCGGCGGCCACGACAACUACGAAGAUACUGACCUAGACAACAUCGAUUACGACGACCGCGAGCCUUCAAACGCCGCCGACGAAGGCGGCGAUGGUGGCGGUGAUGAUGAAAUCGAUCCUCUUGAUGCUUUUAUGGAGGGGAUUCAUGAGGAGAUGAAGGCGGCGCAGCCUCCCAAGGUGAACGAGAAGUUGGAGAAGUAUAGCGACGAUGAGGAUGAUGAUCCGAUGGAGAGUUUCUUGAAGGCUAAGAAGGAUGUAGGGUUGACACUCGCGUCGGAUGUUCUUCAUGCUGGGUAUGAUUCGGAUGAGGAAGUUUAUGCUGCUGCCAAGGCGGUUGAUGCUGGAAUGGUAGAGUACGAUUCCGAUGACAAUCCAAUUGUGCUUGGGAAGAAUAAGAUUGAGCCGAUUCCGGCUUUGGACCAUAGUUCGAUUGAGUAUGAGCCGAUUAAUAAGGAUUUCUAUGAGGAAACACCUUCUAUCUCAGGUAUGAGUGAGCAGGAUGUUGUUGAAUACAGGAACAGCCUGGCUAUUCGUGUUUCCGGUUUUGAUGUUCCAAGGCCAAUUAAGACAUUUGAAGAGGGUGGAUUUUCUGUGGAGCUAAUGAAAGCUAUUGCAAAGCAAGCCUAUGAAAAGCCUACGCCAAUACAGUGCCAAGCUUUACCCAUUGUGCUCUCUGGGAGAGACAUCAUUGGUAUUGCAAAAACUGGUUCGGGAAAAACUGCUGCUUUUGUGCUUCCUAUGAUUGUCCAUAUUAUGGAUCAGCCUGAACUUGAGAAAGAGGAGGGUCCCAUUGGAGUGAUAUGUGCACCUACUAGAGAAUUGGCACAUCAGAUAUAUUUAGAGGCAAAGAAAUUUGCAAAAUCACAUGGUAUACGUGUCUCUGCAGUCUAUGGUGGAAUGUCCAAGCUUGAACAGUUCAAAGAGCUCAAGGCAGGAUGCGAGAUAGUUGUUGCUACUCCUGGAAGAUUGAUAGACAUGCUAAAAAUGAAGGCACUGACCAUGUUCAGAGCAUCUUACCUAGUACUAGAUGAGGCUGAUCGGAUGUUUGACCUUGGAUUUGAGCCACAAAUAAGGUCCAUCGUUGGUCAGAUUAGGCCAGAUCGUCAAACCUUACUAUUUUCAGCGACAAUGGCCCGCAAAGUUGAAAAGUUAGCCAGGGAAAUUCUCACUGAUCCUGUAAGAGUUACUGUGGGAGAGGUGGGAAUGGCCAACGAGGAUAUUACUCAAGUUGUUCAAGUAGUUCCUUCUGACGCUGAAAAGAUGCCUUGGCUUCUUGAAAGACUACCUGAACUAAUUGAUAAUGGCGAUGUUCUAGUUUUUGCUUCAAAAAAGGCUAGAGUGGAUGAGAUUGAAUCACAACUGGCUCAGAUGGGGUUUAAAGUUGCAGCUCUUCAUGGUGACAAAGACCAAGCUUCUCGGAUGGAUAUAUUGCAAAAAUUUAAAUCUGGAAUAUACCAUGUUCUUGUUGCAACUGAUGUUGCUGCUCGUGGCCUUGACAUUAAGUCAAUUAAGUCAGUGGUCAACAUUGAUAUAGCUAGAGACAUGGAUAUGCAUGUCCAUCGAAUUGGAAGAACAGGCCGUGCUGGUGACAAAGAUGGUACCGCAUACACUCUUAUCACACAGAAAGAGGCAAGGUUUGCAGGUGAAUUGGUUAACAGUUUGAUUGCUGCUGGUCAGAAUGUGUCUGCGGAACUGAUGGAUCUUGCUAUGAAGGAUGGGAGAUUCAGAUCCAAGCGUGAUGCAAGAAAAGGAGGUGGAAAAAGGGCUAAAGGAAGGGGAGGUGGUAGUAGUGGUCGAGGCGUGCGUGGUGUGGAUUUUGGUUUGGGCAUUGGAUAUAGUGCAGACUCGAAUAAUACUUCAUCUAGCACUGUCCCAAAUCGUUCAGUUGCUGUCGGUUCACUGAGAACUGGAAUGAUGGCACAAUUUAAAAGCAAAUUUGUGUCCGCUUCAUCUAAUUCUCAAAAUCAGGGCAUGAACAACAACAGUUCAGGCACCUAUGCCAACAAGAGAAUGGUGUUACCAGGUUUCGUUUCUGGUGGUUCUAUUGGUGGUGAUGUAAAUGCUGCUUGGACAACCAAUGUGUCAGCUCCGCCUCCUGCUCCCAUGUCAGGAGGAAACCCCACUAAUCAGAGCUCCAUGGAAAAUGCAAAUGCAAGUCAGAAGAACUCCGAAAGUUCUAGAGAUAAACCUAGAGAAAGGCGGAGAUCCUCUGGUUGGGACCGUUAAAUUUCACAUUGAACGAAGAAUCUGCUUUGUAAAUGAGGGAUAACUUUACCUUCUAGGAGGAUUUCUAAUUUGAUCUUUUAUGUAUUUGUACCAUGCCCAGUAAGUUGGUUUGUUUUUUGGUUGCUUUUUAAUUUCCACCUGGUUCAGUGUAAGAUCAUAAAAUUUUAGUUGCAGAAGUUUCGUCAGAUUGUUUUGUAGUUUAUUAAUCGAUGUGAUAAUUUCUUUUUCGAAGUUAUCUAUGAAAAAUGAUAAUAUAAAAUGAUUAUAGUGGUGGAUUCAUGA